CAGAGCCUACAGCUGGCGGAGUGGUGUUUACCAGACCACCCUUUCUGUUGGGACUCUGCAGCUAUUACUCACCAACGGGAAGCCAAGACCAGAUGAUCCAGUGGGUUCCCCUGCGUGUAUACACCAGCAGUUUCAUGAAAGCUGAUCCCAGAGAGUAG